AUGACUGCUAUAGGUGUAACUCAAUUGCUUUUAAAGGCCACUCCACAAUGCCCAUCUGAUAAUCAGUAUAAUGGCCAUGAUAGAUUAAGAGUGCUUUCUGUAAUCUUAAUAUUGAUUGCUUCUGCAGCUGGUGUAUAUUUUCCCCUUUUCGCCUCAUCAUACUCUGUAAUAAGACUGCCAGAAAGAUGCUUUUUCUUCGCAAAAUAUUUUGGGUCAGGAGUGAUAAUUGCAACAGGAUUUGUUCAUUUGUUAGAGCCAGCAACAAAAUCUUUGGGAAAUCCUUGCCUGGGAGACUUCUUUACAGAAUUUCCAUGGGCUUUUGCGAUUCUUCAGGUUGCAAUAUUCUUACUUUUUCUUUUUGACAUUAUUAGCCAUUUCUAUCAUGAUCCAGAUCAAAUCGUAUCAGAUACCCAAAACAACGUACAUGAUACUAGUGAGUCGUCAAAUUUAUGUCACUAUAAUCCAGGGUCUGAACGUUACUUCUCUGAUUACGCAGGAAAUUAUGGGUCGAAUUCCGUUUCAACUUUAGUUUUCGUUGAAAAUAGAUGUAAGGAAAAGAUUCUAUCUCUUUUCGUCUUGGAGUUUGGGCUGAUAUUUCACUCCAUUUUUAUUGGGUUAUCAUUAGCAGUUGCUGGUGAUGAGCUAAAGACUCUGUUAGCGGUAUUGAUAUUUCAUCAGCUUUUUGAGGGUAUGGGGCUGGGGGCUCGUAUUGUUGAAAUAAAAUGGCCAUCUGAAAAGUCAGCCACACCAUGGCUUCUUGCACUUGCAUUCAGUAUAACAACUCCGUUAUCAAUUGUAGCUGGUCUCUUCCUUCGAGAAAGUUUUUCCCCAGGCUCGAAAAGAGCCCUAAUAACAAGCGGGGUACUUGAUGCUUUCUCCGCAGGAAUCCUAAUUUACACUGGGCUCGUUGAAUUGAUUGCCAACGAAUUUUUACACAAUGAUUCAUUUUUGGGAGAGAAUAAAUUGAAAAGUAUGUUGAGUGGGAGCUUCAUUAUGAUAUUGGGUUCAGCUUUGAUGACCAUAUUAGGCAAAUGGGCUUAA